GUGAGUCUAAAACUGCUUAUCUAGAAUUAGUUCUAGUUCAUGAUUUUUGAUCCAGGUUUUCACAUUCCUACAGUAGUAUAUAUAUGUAAUACAAACUAUAUUUUCAUUUGGACUCUGAAUUUUAAUCAGCCAUUAACCAAAACUGCUAAAGGAAUCAGAAUCAAGGAACCAUCCAGUGAAACUUGUGAUACAAUCAAGCGAGGGAGAUGGUUCAUUUGGUUCUGAAAUGCUGCUUUAGCGGCCGGUGAAACUUCUUCCACCAGUAGGAGACUGAGACUCUUGUAAUUUCGUCAGUCAAAGGUUAUGUAACAAGUAACUACCCUAAUCUGUUUUUUCCUGGGUUGCUUGUGUGCAAAGCAACAAUCAUGUACUUCUUAUUGAAAGGUUCCCAUUUAUGGCUGGAUCCCAAGAUCAACAAGAUCUCAGUUUUGUUUCACAGGUAAUUUCUCAUGCUGGUUUUGCAUGGUAUAUGUAUCGAAGCUACAUUUUUUUAUAAUGUGAGAUUUUCGGUUCGGAAUACCUGAUUCAUUUGGCAAAAAAAAAAAAAUCUUGACCAACUAAUUAAAGAUAAUACCUUUUCACCAUUGUGUAGUCAUCAAUGAUGGGAAUUCGAUAUAUACUAACAUCAACUUGAAUAAUUCAAGAUGAUGUAUGAUAUAAAUAUAAUAAACGAUGGAAAAAGUCUAUCUUUUUGGUAAUGGGUGAAAUUUCUAUAGCAUUUAAAUUCGAAUGAUUCCACAAAGUGAGUUGGCCGUCCUCUCUCACUUGUAAUAUUUUGUAAUUAUAAUUAAUCUAUAAGAUUAGCCCAUGAGAGAACAUGUCUUUUGUCUCCUAAACCUCCUUUAUUAUCAUCAUUACCACCAAUAAUCCUAUUUUUAUUCCGUUUCACAGCGAAGAUAAGUAGAGGUUUCGUUAUAAACAAAGGAGAAAACCUCAGAUAGAGCAUAGUAGAGAAGAAGAUGUAUCAAGAUCAACAACAUCCCGUUGGUGCUCCACCUCCUCAAGGGUAUCCUCCAAAGGAAGGAUAUCCACCACAGGGAUAUCCUCCGGCUGGUUAUCCUCCACCACCGCAGGGAUACGGUCAGGCAUAUCCAGCACAAGGGUAUCCUCCUCCGCAAUAUCCUCAAGGUCCUCCGCCUCAGUAUCCUUAUCAGGGUCCUCCUCCACCACAGUAUGGUCAGGCUCCGCAAAAGAAGAAGAAAGACAAGGAUUCAGGAUUUGUUGAAGGAUGUUUGGCUAUGCUCUGCUGUUGCUGUCUCUUGGAAGCUUGCUUUUGAUUGAAGGACGUGAUGAUAUUUUCCGUUGACCGUCGUUCGAGAUGCCAUGGUAUUCUACAAAAAAAGAAGACGUGUUUGAUCAAACAUUUAGAUAGCUUCUUUCUGGCUACGUGUGUGUGUGUGUGUAUGUGCGUUCACGUUUUGUGUUUUGUGUUUGUUUCUGUUCUUUAUUUUUUUUGCUAUGAUUUGGAAUUUUUCUCCAAGACUUGCUUUUUUAAUUUAUCGACUAUUAUUUUAGCAAGUGUUCGCCCCAUCUUUUGUAUAUGUACAACAAGUGAGCUAUCAUUUUGAAUAAAAAGCAUUCAAUAUU